AUGUAUUGGAAAAAUGAAGUUCUGGCCCCUCUCUCAGAGGGAAAUAAGUUUUUAUCCGAAGGAAUUCCCUCGAAACAGGUAAUUUCUACAGAUACACAGAGUACACCGGGAGCAUCGCGCUGUGUGGACGCCCAACACGGACAAGCAAUGUCUCACUCAGACGGAGAGUCUCACAGAUCAAAUAUGGAGAAAGAGGACACACGUUCUUCGCCAAGUCCCCCAUCAACACCAUCCAUAUGCUCUCCCACGUCGACUGCCUCCUCCGUACCGUCUACAGGAAAGAACGUAUGCGCAAGUUGCGGGUUAGAGAUUCUGGAUAGGUAUCUUCUCAAGGUUAAUAAUCUAAUCUGGCACGUGAGGUGUCUGGAGUGCUCUGUCUGCAGAACUUCACUGCGUCAACACAGCAGCUGCUACAUCAAAAAUAAAGAGAUCUUCUGUAAAAUGGAUUAUUUCAGUAGGUUUGGUACAAAGUGUGCCCGCUGUGGACGCCAGAUCUAUGCCAGCGACUGGGUGCGCCGAGCUAGGGGCAACGCCUACCACCUGGCUUGUUUUGCCUGCUUCUCUUGCAAGCGGCAGCUGUCCACAGGAGAGGAGUUUGGACUGGUAGAAGAGAAGGUGCUAUGCAGAAUCCAUUACGACACUAUGGUGGAGAACCUUAAACGGGCCGCAGAGAGCGGCAGUGGACUGACUCUGGAAGGAGCAGUGCCAUCUGAACAGGACAGUCAGCCCAAGCCCGCUAAGAGAGCCAGGACCUCCUUUACUGCAGAGCAGCUCCAGGUGAUGCAGGCUCAGUUUGCACAGGAUAACAACCCUGAUGCCCAAACCCUGCAGAAACUGGCAGACAUGACAGGACUGAGCAGACGUGUGAUACAGGUUUGGUUUCAAAACUGCAGAGCAAGACACAAAAAGCACACCCCGCAGCACAGUGGGCCACCACAAGGUCACCCCCAGGCCCGGAUGCCCCCUUCACUGCCCGAUGAGCUGCAUUACUCCCCCUUUGGCAGCCCAGAGAGAGCACGCAUGGUGGCCCUGCAUGGCUACAUUGAGAGUCACCCAUUCUCUGUGUUGACUACACCGAGUCUCCCUCACCAAGCCAUGUCACUGCCUCAGCUUCCACUUAGCCGCUAA